CAUUUUAAAUCCCUGUAACCAGGAAAAGGAAACUGUCUGCAGGGACAGACGCAUCUUGUUUGCAGAAAAGGACAAGACUCUUGCAGAAUGGCAGGAACAGACUGGACGUGUAGUCAUGCUACAAUGCAUGCAUGGGAGUUCCUGGACUAUGAGCCCUCACUUCCUGUGUCAGAGAAAUCCAAUCCCCUGACGCGUGACAUCGACCGUGCUUCAGCCAAUAACAUUGUAAGGAUGUUACAGGCCUGUGACACCCAGAUUUUUCAAGAAGACUCAGAAGACACCUACCAGAGGCUUUCAAGUGAACGAGUGGUGGAAACAAUAAUGGAGGUCGCUAAGAGGGUGGAGCUCAUACUUAAGGAUCCUCAGGACAGCCUCGUUGUACUGAGUGGUUGUGGGACUUCUGGUCGACUGGCUUUCCUCAUUGUGACUGGUUUCAACAAAGCACUGAGGGAGUUGAACCAGACUUCCAUCUAUUCAUACAUCAUAGCAGGAGGAGACAGAGCUCUGCUGUCGUCCCAGGAAGCUCCUGAAGAUGACCCCAAACAGGGCAUGCUCACUCUUAAAAAGGUCUGUGAGGGAAAGAAGCGGGUCUUGUUCAUUGGUAUUUCUUGUGGAUUGUCUGCUCCUUUUGUGGCAGGACAGCUCGACUUCUGCAUGCAGCAUCCUGAGGUCUACACUCCAGUGCUGGUUGGCUUCAAUCCGACACACCAGGCAAGAGACGACCCCAUGCCGGGCUGCACAUUCACCUUCCGCAGCGUGGUUCAGAGGAUGCAGGAGCUUUCCAAAAGUCAAAAGGCGUUCCUCAUCAACCCAGCAGUUGGGCCAGAAGCCAUCAGUGGCUCUUCGAGGAUGAAGGGAGGCAGUUCGACUAAGAUUCUUCUGGAGCUCGUCCUGUCUGCUGCUCAUGCUGCCACCUUCACAAACAUGCCUGUAACAUAUAAGGGCAUCCUGCAGCACAUGGAAGCAUACAAGCAAACUCUGGAUAUCACCUACGCCCAGACUGCGGAGAUAGCUGCUCUGUUGGAGGCCGCUGGACAAAGUUUGCGUUGUGGCAGGCGUGUGUGUUAUUUGGGGUGGGGCUCGGUGGCCAUCUUGGGCCUCAUUGACGCCAGUGAGUGUAACCCCACGUUUGGAGCAGACUUUGAGGAUGUUCGAGGCUUCAUCAGUGGAGGAUACAGAGAGAUGAACAACAAUGAGGGUCCCCUGUCUUCACUGGGUUCUGACUUUCGUGUCACACACAAGGAUUUUUUGCACCUAGUUCUGCCCUCUCUAAAUGACCAGGACACAGUUCUUCUUCUGUACACGCACUCUGACAACAUCCGUGAAGUGGCAAAGUUGGCACAUCGAGCGAGAGAAAAGACGUCAAACAUCCAUGCUGUUUAUCACCAGGUUGAUGGAGCAGCUGCUGAACAACAAGAUGACAUCGAUAGGUUGUGUUCAUCCUCACUUAAAAUCACUUGGGCAUCAUCGCCUGCUUCUGGAAGCCUGCUCCACAUGUGGGAGCUGUCCACUAAGCUGCUGCUGAAUGCUGUGAGCACCGGAGCUCACAUCUUAAAGGGGAAGAUUUACCAGAACGACAUGAUCGAUGUGCAGGUCACUAACAGCAAGCUCUAUCGCAGAGCCACUCGGUUACUCCAGAAGCUUUCUGGUUAUCCCGAGUCCAAAUGUGAAGAAGCUCUUCUGAAGUCCCUCUACCAAGUGGACACGCUCACAAUCGACAUCACAUCCUCUGACAUCACCGCACACACGCGCACUGCCAGAAACAGGACCAAGGUGGUGCCUCUUGCUCUGGUCUGUUUGCUGACUGGUUGUACCGUCAUGGAGGCGGAGUCUCAUUUGGAGCAGCAGCCAAUCGUCAGGGAGGCUGUGGAGACGUGCCUGUCUAAACUAGUGUGAUAUCAAAUUGUGUUUUUUUAUGCAUUUUCUUCAUGGAAAGCACAAACAUAACCUUCUGAACUUUGUCAGGUUUUACUUUGACAACUUAAUAAAGGACUUAAUCCACACA